UCAACUGCUACAGAUUGAAUCCGAUGGAAUACUUGACCGUCACGGCGGUCAGAAGAAACUUGGCUGGAGAUGUGACUAAUAUCAUCAGAGUCCACCAAUUCUUGGAAAAAUGGGGUUUAAUCAAUUACCAGAUAGAUCCUAGAACCAAGCCCACUGUGGUUGGGCCCCAGUACACUGGUCAUUUCCAGAUCACUUUGGACACCCCGAAAGGAUUGGUGCCUUUCAUCCAUGAAAACUUAACUAUCAGUAAUAGUCUGACCUCUGAAGAUGUGGAAAUGAAACCCGAAGCAGAAGACCCUCAAUCCCCUCCCUCGUCUGUGGACUCUGAACCGAUUGAUCUCAAAACCAUUCCUUUGAACUUGGAAGUGAGACCUAAUGUUUAUAAUGACACAAAAGAUAACUUCAAAGAUAACACCAACCAAUACGUCUGCAGUGUGACUGGAAAGGAUAUCAACGAAGUUAGAUAUUAUAACUUGAAGAGUAAAGGGCUUCCAAACAACCAAAGUUCAACCACAAACAAUGCUACAACCAUUUCCGAAGAAUGUUUUGAACAGGGAUUAUUCCCAUCCAACUUCCAGUCUUCCAACUUCGUGAAACUCACAAAGGAAAGGGACUCGGAAAACUGGAGUGAGCAGGAAGUGUUAUUGUUGCUUGAAGGUAUUGAAAUGCACGGUUCUUAUGAUCUUAUCAACAAUGCCAGUGCCAACCAAAUUAACACCAACUCCAACGGACAAUGGAUCAAAAUCAGUGAUCACGUGGGAACCAAGACCAAAGAACAGUGUAUCUUAAAGUUCAUACAGUUACCAAUUGAGGAUACAUAUUUGAACAAGUUAAUUGACAAGAAAGCUGAUGUCAAGGUGGACAAAGAAUACUUAAUACAAGAGAUUGCCAAUAAAGUAAUUGAAGCGAAUGAGGGAUCUUCAAUCUUGCAAAGGAACUCUAAGGCUAAGAUCAAUGACAUUAACAGCGAUGAAUCAAACUUGAUCAAACAAGUAUCAGAAUUGACUUUAGAGAAGGUAUCCAUCAAGUUGGCCAACUUACAAGCUUUGGAAAAUAACUUGAUUAAAAUCGAAAGCAAGUUGAACUUGGAAAGAAAACAAGUGGCUAUUGAAAGAUGGUUGCAGUAUGAAAAGAUUCUUAAAUUCAAGCAAUCCAAUACUAAUACCGAAUUGUCAGCUUUGUUGGAUGAUUUGUUAUCCCCCGUUAGUUUACACGAAAUCGAUUCUACCACUAAUAAGAAGACUGAUGAAACUGACAGUGCUCUUGAAGCUGCCAAUAAGUCUGCCGAUAAAGACUUGCCAAUAAGUGUGGUGAAUCCAAAAACAUACCAAUUCUGGUCCGGUUAAAGCAAAGUAUCAAGUAUAUUUAUGUAAUUGUAUAGUAUAGAGAAACAGAUAUACGCAUUAAGUGUUCUAAUUACUUGUUGGAUGACUUUUUAGCGGAUGAAGAUGAAGCUUUUGUGGUCUUGCUACUCAAAGACUGUACUUCUUCUUCGGCUUCUUUCUUAACAGUUGGUUCGUCUUUCACCAAAGCUACCUUCAAUAAUUCAUUCUCCUUCAAAACAGCUUUAACCAACGUCUGCAAUUCGGACAAUUGGUUAUAGAUUUCAUAAUACUCCCAUUUGAUACCUAAUCUGUUAGCAUCGAGAACAGGCUUAGACACUUCAUCGAUAUCCUUAGAAAAUUUGGUCAUAUCAAUAUUGAACUCAGGAUCCUCAGCCUCUGCACUUCUCUGCUUAGCUAAGGAUUCGUACACUUGAGCAUUGCUAUUUUGAAGACUUUCCCAUUCACUUCCAUCAGUGUCAGUGUACCCAUCAGUCAAAUCCCAUUCAGUGUCUAUUUCAUUUGCAUCGUCAGGUAACCCUUUGAAUCUGUUGUAGUGAACUCUUCUGGCAUUGGCCAAUUCGUCGACGGUGAUAUAGGUCAAAAUUGGAGAGUAGAUCACCAAUUGGAUAAAGUAGUGGAUUGUUUGCAUGUACUUGGUAGGUACAACCCAUGAAAGUGGAGUUAACACGAUUUCAAUCAAGUUCAACGGAGGAACGUACAACUCUUGAUCGGGAGCACGAAUGUAUCUCAAAGUCUUUUGGGCUACCAAGGCAAAGUAUUCAUCGGUGGCAUUCUCCACAAUGUUACUGUAUGCGGUGGAGUAUAAAGCAAUAAGAAUGUUCAUCAAAAUAACCGUUAACACGAAUGUGUAUGCGUAAUACAAGAUAGAUGCAUAUGGGGGGACAAGCUUUGCCACAUCGUCGAAACUAGAACCUCCAAUAACCGCUUUGAUCAAAAAUAAAAAGAUUGCUUUGGUGGCUUCACUUUUACCGUCUGAAGCGUCCAACCCCAAGAAUCCCUGCAAGAACCCAAGAAUAAUGAUGAUCAACAAAACAAAGAAAAUAAGCGAUUCCUUCAUCAUCGUCUUGAUAACCACAAUCAUGGCCCCCACAAACUUCUGAGCAUCCAAGUAUAACAAUAAUCUCGACCACAUCAAAGGAGACACCAACGACAAAACUCUGAAAGAGAUUUCAUCAUACUGCUCCUUCAAAGGACUCUUGUUAGCCAAACUAGCAAACCGGAACCCAACUGCGAUGACCACCAUCGAAUACAUCAGGUCGUUGAACACGUUCCAGAAUCCCA